UUACAAGCCGAGAAGCUUGAGUAAUCACUAUGGAUACAGCUUUUAUAGUUUCCCAUUUGUUGGCCUUGCAACACUGUGCAGCUUCAAGGACUCGCUUUUACUUUGGAUCUUAUUCUCCUGUUUGAUUAUGACCAAGAAAGAAGCACUCUGGAGGUAAACUUUAUAAUGGACUCCACUGGACAAUGGAGAAAAUAUCCAAUUAUACUGUUGCAUUUUGUGGUGUUUAAUGUUGCAUCCCGUCAUGAACCUUCACCUGGAAAUAAAGGUAAUGUAAGCAGUGACAGGGAGCUUUCAGAUAUUGUUCCAGGGCAGCAUACGCUCACCUCCUGGUAUUAUACAUCUGCUGAUACUGUGCUGAAGCAUGGCACAGUCAGCUUACACUCUCACAACAGAUGGCGAUCACAGAUGGCUUUCUCCAAAACUGUUUAUUCAUUUCAAGUGAAAGAAGACACAAUACCAGGAACAGUUGUGGGGAAGCUAGACGCACUGUUUGAGGGUCUCACGCCUAUCACAUUCUCGGUUCAGGAGGAUGACGGAGAGAACCUGUUCCUCCUCAACCCCGUCUCAGGGGAGUUCCUAUUAUCCCGCAGCCUCGACUUCGAAACACAAAGAUUCUACAUUCUCACGGUGGAGGCGCAGCAGGGGGAUUCGCAGGUAUCCAGUGUCAGGGUUUACUUCAACGUGCUGGACGCCAACGACAACCCCCCGGUUUUCGGUCAGGGCGCCUUUUAUGCGUCGCUGCCGGAGGACACACACGCCGGCGUCUGCUUCCUGUCAUUGAAUGUGUCUGAUAAAGAUGAUGGUGAGAACGGAGAACUGCAACUGAAAAUAGCCAGUGGCGAUGAAGAGGGAGCGUUCAUCAUACACCCAACUGGUAGUUUAUGCCUGAACACAGAGUUAGACAGAGAGAGACACUCCUCCUACAAUCUGACCAUUACGGCCAAUGACUGCGCCCAGCCCACGGCUUUACAGUUCACCAGCACGGCACAUGUUUUUGUACUAAUUGAAGAUGUCAACGACAACGCUCCUUCAUUUGUCUCAGAAAGACUUGUUAGCAUACCUGAGGACACCGCACUACAUUCUGUUGUAAUGACUGUAUUAGCCGAGGACAAAGACACGGGAUCCAAUGGGGAGGUUUUGUAUUAUUUAGAUAACACAUCCGGUGGAAUAUUCAGCAUUAAUAACACAAGCGGGGAAAUAUACCUGGAGAAGAUAUUAGACAGAGAGGAGAUUGAUAUCUUGAGUAUUACAGUAAGAGCCGUGGAUAGAGGCUCAAGCCAGAUGGCUGCUACAAUGAAUGUAACGGUGCACGUGGAGGAUGCAAAUGACCACGACCCUGAGCUGCCACAGAGCAACUACAGCAUAGCAGUCAGAGAGGACAUCGCCAGGGGAACGAGCCUGUUUCGGGUUCAGGCAUGUGAUCAAGACAUCGGGUUAAAUGGACAAGUGAGAUACACGUUGCACCAGACGAGUCCGUUUGUGGUGGACAGAGUUCGAGGUGUAGUCACUGUCAUGGAUCAACUGGACCGAGAGACGGACUCCAACUACACCUUAAUCGUGACCGCUGUGGAUCAAGGGAACAUACCCAGAUCUGCUACUGCUACUAUUACUGUCACAGUCUGGGACGUCAAUGACUUUGCACCCACAUUUUCUCCAGAAACGCUGGUCAUUCAUGUCAAGGAGAAUGAGGAGGACCUGACCCAACUAACACAUCAGGUGUCAGCUUUGGAUGAUGAUUUAGGAGUCAACAGUCAGCUGAAUUAUUUUAUAGAGAAAGGAAAUGAGGAUGAUUUGUUCUUCAUCACCCCCAAUGGCACGUUCCAUAUUUCACAAAGCCUAGACAGGGAGAAGGAAUCGCUGUAUAUCGUCACUAUCACUGCUGUUGAUUCAGGACUGCCACCAUUAACGGGCACUCUGACUCUACACGUUGUAGUGGAUGACGUCAAUGAUAAUCAGCCGGAGUUUACAGAGGAAGUCUACAACACCAUAGUGUACGAGGACUGUCCUGUAGGCACAGUGUUUGCCAUGAUAUCUGCAUCUGACUUGGAUGAUGGCGUUAAUGGGGAAUUAAGGUAUUUCAUGGAAAACCUCGAUGUACCUUUUGCUAUUGAGGAAACAUCUGGAGAACUGUUCACAACCAAUUUCCUGGACAGGGAGACAGUCGCCAUUUACAGGCUGACAGUUAUCUGCAGUGACAAGGAUCCUACUCAACCUCUGUCGAGCUCUGUGCUUGUGACUGUUCUUAUAGAAGAUGUCAAUGACCACUGGCCCCAGUUUAUGAACGGGCCCUACGUGGCCUAUGUGCCCACUGAGUUGGCUCCAGGUGCAGUUGUUUGUGCAGUAAGAGCAACAGAUGGAGACACUGAAAUGAAUGCAGAGCUAUAUUACUCAUUAUAUGGACAGAGUUCAGACCUGUUUUCCAUCGAUCCAUACAGUGGCACUAUAUUCACUUCAAAUGCUCUCCGAAGAACAGACGAUAUUAUCGUCAACGUGCAUGUGGAGGAUGCUGGAGAAAACCCCAAAUUUGACACUACUACUGUCAGUAUCAGGUUUCAUAACAUCUCCGACUUCCCUGAGAUGGAUGUGGAUGUUCUGAGUUAUUCCUUUUCUGAGGAUGAACCGGUGGGAACACUGGUGGCCAUGGUCUCCGCGGAGAGCAUCCGAGCUGAACCCGUCUCUUUUUAUGUCGCAUCUGGAAACUUUGAAGACACGUUUCAUGUGGGGCAAUUAAGUGGAGCACUGGCAGUGGAGAAUCCCUUGGAUUAUGAAAACAGAAACGAGUUUUCUUUGUUGAUAGAAGCCAGAGACUCGGGCUCUCCUCCCUUCUCAUCAUUUGCAGAAAUUCACAUCAACCUAACGGAUGUUAAUGACAAUUCUCCGCAUUUCACCCAGGCUGAGUACAGGUGUGAGGUUUUUGAGAACUCCCCGCCAUCCUGGGUUUGUGAUCUUCUCGCUGUUGAUGCAGAUUCUGGCCAUUACGGUAUGGUGCAGUACAACAUCACAGGAGGGAACACUCAUAACUUUUUCACAAUUGACCCUGAAAGCGGUUUACUGAGCACAACUGCAACUUUGGAUAGAGAGAGGCUUCCUGAAUUCAAUUUAACAGUUGAAGCUACGGAACUCGACAACCCUCUUCAUAAAGAUAGAGCAACUGUUAUCAUCAGUGUUUUAGACAGAAAUGACAAUGCACCCCGUUUUACAGAGAUUUUCCUCACUGAGGUGCCUGAGGAUGCCCCUAUUGGAUACACAAUCGUACAAGUCACCUCAACGGAUGACGACACCGAUGCUAAUGCAGGAAUUAAUUACUCCAUAAUCGAGCAUAGUGACGACAUGCCUUUUAAAAUUGACUUCACCAUGGGUUACAUCACUGUUGAAAAACAUCUGGACAGGGAAGUGCAGGAUCACUAUGUCCUGAAAGUGAAUGCAAAUGAUUCAGCAUGGAGCAUAAGCACAGAUGUCACUAUAAUCAUUUUAGAUGUCAAUGAUAACAUGCCAGUAUUCUCUGAUCAUGUUUAUAGCGUUGUGCUCCCUGAAACAAAAGAUGAAGAGGUGUUUGUUUUGCAGGUUCUUGCUACAGAUGCAGACUUUGGGAACAAUGGUGAAAUUUUCUACAUUAUUGAACCUCAAAACGAGGAGUUUUGGAUGAAUACCUCCUCUGGUGAAAUCUAUACAAAGCAGCCGCUGAUGCUGCAUAAUUCAGCUUUUGAAAUCUAUCAGUUUACAGUUAUUGCUUCUGAUUGUGGCAAAGUUCCACUCUAUAGUAAUGCCACCGUCACAGUGAGAUUAGAACAACCAAACCACCACCCACCUGUGUUUUUUCCUUCACAGUCUCUCAUUGCUGUUCCUUAUCACCUGGCUGUGGGAGCGGAGGUGGUUCAGUUCACAGCAAUGGAUCUGGACACCAAUAGCAGCACUAAUAUUGAGUAUGCUUUGAAUGGGGGUAAUGCAUCUGGUCUCUUUUCAAUUGAGGCUAACAGUGGUAAAGUAAUCUUAAAUCAAACUUUAGCGGAGCUUGAAAAUCUGUUGCUCACUUUAGUAGUCGUAGCCAAAGAUCAGGGCUUCCCAUCUUUAACGUCACAGACUCAAAUCACUUUUGAAGUUACCGGGAGAAAUCUAUUUUCUCCGAGUUUUAGCGAACCAGAUGUUACGUUCUCUGUCCCAGAGGACUUGCCUGUAGGAUCAGUAAUUGGAAAAGUUCAAGCUGAAGACAAGGAUUAUGGUCCCAAUGGUGCGAUUAUGUACUGCAUUACCCCGGAAAAUCGAUAUCUACCACUGUCUGUCGGAGAAGGCUCUGGACUGCUAAUACUGAUCAGAGAGCUUGACUUUGAAACAGAAGUUAUUUAUCACCUCCAAGUCAUAGCCAAAGAUGGUGGCUGGGUGUCUAAAAGUGGCAUAUUGAAUGUUACAGUAAUAGUUAUGGAUGUGAAUGACAAUCCUCCAGUCUUUUCAUUGUCAGAAUACACCACAUCAGUGCCCGAAAACUCAGAAAUUGGGACAAACAUUUUAGCUGUGAGGGCUGCUGAUAUUGACUCAGGAGCAAAUGCACAGAUAGCCUACUCUCUCAUAGCUGGAUAUGUGGAUAAAUUUGCAAUUGAUUCAAGAAAUGGCACCAUCACCACUUUGGAGGUCUUUGAUUACGAGCGAGAGCAAGUGUUUGAUUUAACGAUCAAAGCUUCAAACACCGGCGGACAUACUUUAUUCAGUUUAGCACAUGUCGUCAUUCAAAUCUCAGACGUCAAUGAGUUCACACCAACAUUCAGGAUAAAAGAAUUUAACUUUUCAGUAUUUAAAAAUGUGCCUGUUGGAAGCGUGAUUGGCAAAGUGACAGCCGUAGAUCAUGACCGAGGUCCUGAAGGCCGGGUGUUUUACGUGAUGUUUGGUCAGGAUAAAAGUUUAGGUUUCGAUGUUGAUCUGCUUUCUGGAGAAAUAUAUACAACGGGCAGUUUGAGGAAACAAGGCAAUAGCCGUGUUGUUUUAAAAGUUUUGGCAAAGAACUCUGGUGUUAUUACUGGCAUGGACGUAGAUGAGACUUUAGUCCACAUCAGUGUGAUUGACACAAACGAUGCACCCGUGUUCACCUCUGAACACUAUGUAGCAGAUGUAGCAGAAGAAAGUCCAGCUGGGACGUCGGUGCUAACUGUUAGCGCUACAGAUCAGGACUCCAUCUUGGACUGGAAUCGCUUCUUCUACAGCGUUGAAAAUGGAAACACAAACUUCUCUUUCUCUGUUGACCCCUCCACUGGUGUUAUUUCGGUAAACUCCCCACUUGACAGAGAAACCUGGCCUGUUUAUAAUUUGACUGUUACGGCCACUGAUAAUGGCUCUCCACCAGCUACGGGGACCACUAACGUCAUUGUAACUAUUGCUGAUGUCAAUGAUAAUGCCCCCAAACUCACAUCGACUGAGGCUCAGGUGAAAGAGAAUCAGCCCGAAGGCACCAUAGUCGCCAGAUUAAAUGCAACUGAUCUUGAUUUGCCACCGAACCAGGGUCCUUUUACAUACUGGUUAUUAAAUCCCUCAGCAGGCAGUGCUUUUUCACUCACUCCUGAUGGCCUUUUACUCACGACACGGAUUAUUGACCGAGAGCAAACCUCAUCAUAUCAAGUCCUGGUGGCUAUUCGGGAUGCAGGCUUUCCCUCACCAUUAUCAUCAACAACAAUGUUCCAUAUCAGGAUCGUGGAUGAAAAUGAUAACCCUUCAAUCCCUAGGAAUAUCGUCAUUGAGGUGAAAUAUUUUGGCAGCUCUUUCCAAGGAGGCAUGAUUGGUAAUGUCCAUCCUGAUGAUCAAGACGAGUCAGAUGCAUUAAUCUGCGCUAUCAAAAGUGGGCCAAAUAACAUGUUCACGAUACCUAAUGGCACAUGCGAGCUGUGGUCUUCUCCUUUUCAUGGCGAGGCUACGUUCAAUGUCACAGUCGAAGCUACGGACCAGCUUCAUUUCCCAGUAAACAACAGUAUCUAUGUCAACUACAAGGGUUUCACAAAUGCUUCUGUAGACAGCUGUAUAUUAUUCUACGUUUCAUCACCCUCUGUGGAAGAGUUCUUGUCUAAUAAGUAUCUGAGGUUUGUGAAAGCUCUGGACAGUCUGUUUAACCUCCAGGCUUCUAAGACUCAUGUAUUUGGAAUCAAACACAUUGGAAAUGAAAUCCUUCUGUUGGCUGCAGUCAAAAAUUACAACGGUCAGUAUCUUAGCAGAGAGGUAGCGAGCGGCAUAUCAGUGGGACAUAAGAAAUUACUGGAGGCUCAGAGCAAUGUGACGAUUUCUCACAUCACCAGUGACCCGUGUCUUACCAGCCCUUGUCAAAAUAGGGCAUCGUGCAACAAAAACAUUUACAUCAGGGAGGAGGUUGCUGUCCUGGAAAGUGGGGCCGUCAUCUUUGUGGCACCGCAGAAAGAGAUUUUUAAUUGUACCUGUCUAGUUGGAUUUACAGGUACGCUCUGUGAAGAUGACAUUGAUGAAUGUGAGGCAAAUCCCUGUCAGAAUGAAGGCACAUGCGUGAACGCCGGGGGAAGUUUCUACUGUCACUGUCAAAGCGGGUUCUCUGGCUCCGUCUGCUCUGCUGAUGUAGACGAAUGCCUGAAGGUGAAGUGUCAAAAUGGUGGAACUUGUGUUCCCUCUGAAGAUGGAUAUCACUGUCACUGUGUGCCUGGAUUUGAAGGGGAAACAUGUGGGCAGUUCAUAGACCACUGCAGAUCAACGCCAUGUGUUCAGGGCACCUGCAUCAGUUCACAGACAGGAUUCACCUGUAAUUGCUCUUUUGGGGUCAGUGGAGUUCACUGUGAGGAGCAUAGCUACGGCUUUGAGGAGCUGUCCUUCAUGGAGCUUCCCCCACUGGACCGCAGGACUAAUUUAAUCUCUCUAGAGUUUGCGACGGUGCAGAGGAACUCCCUCCUCCUCUACAAUCCCGGAGGACCAUCCAGCAGGGAGUUCUUUGCAUUGGAGAUCCUGGAUGGAGCUGUGCUUCUCUCCUAUGACCUGGGCUCAGGACCAGUGAGGCUGCAGACGCACAAACAAGUUGCAGAUGGGCAUUUUCACAGUGUCACUGCCAGGAGGAUUGGCAACAUGGUUUCUUUGCAUGUGGACAACUGCACAGAUGUUGAAACUAAAGGAUUUUGUUUUUCAAAGAGCGAUGGCAGCGGCUCAGAAAGGACACUAGAUGUCGGCAACACCAAUAUGACACUUGGAGGAUUGAGGACUGUUGAAGUGAUUUUACAGCAUCCUGCUCAGAUAAAAACCCAUGACUUUGUUGGGUGUAUUCGAAAAAUUUAUAUUAAUGGCAUCCUGCUGAGACCUUCAAUGGCCCUUGCGGCACAUAAUAUCUUAGACAGGUGUCCUCGAGCAACAGCGCCAGGUUGUCACAGCGUCCCAUGCAGGAAUGGUGGUGUAUGCCACGAUCUUUGGUCUGACUAUCUUUGUGAAUGCACAAGCCCUUUUACGGGAAGAAACUGUGCCAAAGAAAUGUCAGAGGAGCUUGUGCUGAGAUUUAACGGGAGUGACUACAUUGAAUAUGUUAUUAAGGAGAGUUUCAAGAGAGACUAUCUCCUGAAGAACUUGGUGAAGGAUGAAAAAGAGGCCGACAACAAAGACCAAACUGUGAUUAACGUCAAGUUCAAGACCAAAGAUGACGGAGUAUUGGUGUUUGUUCUUGGACAGACAGGAUACAUAAUGCUGAAGAUAAAAGACAGAAGGCCUGUGUACAUUUUCAAAGACAUGCUGUCGGGACAACUGUCAGAGUUUAUUGUAGAGCCUCCUGUGGCUGAUGGCUUCUGGCAUGUGCUCUCGCUGUUCAGCAAUGGACAAAUCACUUUUCUCUACGUGGACGGUAAACCAGUCUUAAACGACACCGGUCAAAGCAUAGAUCUAAGUCCAGUUAGUGUGGAAAAGAUCGUGCUAGGUGCAGCUCCAGUGGGCGAAACACAGCUCCUUCAGUCAGGGUUCACUGGAUGCGUGCAGUAUUUCAAUGUGACCGGUUACACUCUGCCCGUCAGUGGACACAGCUUAAUGGCGGACGUAUGGCCGAGCUCCACGCUCACCCAGUCCAGCUGCAGCUCUGCAGGCGUUUGCCUCUCCUCUCCAUGCUACGAGGAGCACACUGCCAAGAGGACUUGUGGAUCUGCUGAGCAGAACAGAUCCUGCAUCUGUUUACAUAACGUCUCGGACCACUCCUGCGAUAUCUGCAUCUCCGCAACAGACACCCAGGAUAUGUGCUCUGCAAUGAAGGGCAGCGUUCCUCUGUGGCUCAUAGCUGUGGUUCUUCCUCUUGUCUCCCUCCUGGUGAUUAUUGGAAUGGUUUAUAUCUUUUACAAGGCGAGGCAGAAGGAUGUAAAGUGUCAGAGUGAGAGCUUGACGCAGAAAACCGAGCAAGGGAAAGAUAAUGUAGCUUUCUGUUUUAAUGCCAACACAAUGCUCACAGAGGCUCACAGAGUGUCUCCAGAAAAAGGAAAACUACAUGAGCCGAUGAGCGCAGAUCAGCAGGAGUUUUACUGUGAUGUCAAUCUGCCAAGUGUACAGCCGGUGUCGAAUAGUGAGCUGGAGUAUUAUGAGAUCAGCAGCAUCUGUAGUGCAUUUCAUUCAGACAACACCUCUCUGAAACUCAGCUGGCACAAGCAUUUAUACAGCACAAAGUGUGUGGACAACGGUCCUGGGCAGUGGGGAGAUUUGAGGAUGUUGUUUGCGGGUUUUAAGAAGGAAAGCUCCAUCGAAGAAAAACAGACUCAUAAUGUUUCUUUCUUAAACAAACAGUUGCUGACUGAGCUCGACGCAGAGCCAAAGCUACCUUAUUAUAUGAAGCAGUUCAUACAACCAGAUCUCCUGGAGCCAAUACAGAGUCUUACCUUUGAAGAAAUUAGCAAACUGAACACUCCUCUGGAGCAAACGCUGCCACAUCAAGCACGGCUGAAGUCUGGGCCCCCGACAGUGACGGAUAUCUCAUCUGAGAGUGAGACAGGCAGCACAUUCACCUGCUCAGAGUCUGAUUGUGGGCAGUUUUCUACCAACUGUGGCAGGAAACACACACAUUACCAGUCAUCCAUGUUAGCCUGCAACUUAAGGCAGCAAACCUGCCUCUGUGCUGCAGGUCAUGUUAGAGCUGCGAGUAUAUCCACCGAUAUGUUUGAACAGUGGGAACAUAUUUUAAAUUUGCACCUUCCUUUUAGCAGCUACGCUCCAGUCUUUGAGGAUAUUGCGUGUCUACCCACUGAACCCAGUCACGGCUAUGAUAUUCAAAGUGACAUAGAGGAAAUUAUUUGAUUGUCAAUACACUGGUGUAGCUGAUAGGUCAGAUGGAUUAAUGUUUCUUGCACAUUAAUGAACAACAUAUUUCUAAUAUAAUGAUAUUGUUGGGGGUGGCAUGUGUUGCUGACUGGAGCCUUUCUGUGUGGAGUCUGGACUUGUCCAGAGUGUACCCUGCAUCUCGCCCAAUGACAGCUGGGAUAUGCUCCAGCCCCCCGCUACCCUCCAGAGGACAAGCGGUUACAGAAAAUUAAUGAAUGAUAUUGUUAAAUGCAUCUAUUGCACUUGCACUGCAGAUGUUUUAUACUUUUCAUGAUGGUCAUGUUUAUUUUCUUAAGACUUAGCUAUUUUUUUUACCUGAACAUACAGGAUGCUGUUUAAUGUACAUUGCAACAUGGCACCUGUUAAGUGGAAAAGGCCAAUAAAAAGUUUUGCAAAAAAGUGUUGUUAACGCAAAAUAAAUCACCAAAUAGAGGGUAUGCAUUGACGUCACUUCCUCCCCGGGGCCACGCCCCCCUAAGUGGCAAAAAAAAACGUGAUGAAAUCUAGCAGUAAACACAGCAAGACUGGGAAAAAUGUGCAUUAUCAAAUCAAAUUAAGGAUAAAUGUACUCGACAACGAUCCACACGAACUAGCAUGUCUUUGGAAAAGUGGACUGGCCUCCGUUUCAGUUAGCGUAAGUCAGUUUUAGAUCACUUCAGUUAUGAUAAAUGUAGCUAACUAAAAGAUGCUAACGCUAGCGGAGCUUUACUGAGAAGUAACGUUAGCCAUAAAAUACUGUGGCGUCCGACCGGACG